CCAGUUUUGUUAGUGGCAUCAAUAAGUGGAUAGGGAGGCUAAAGGCCGAAGUUGAAUAGUAGGUUUGUCAUCGUAAAACAGUCUGCACUCAAUUUCUUGAAAGGUCUACAGGCUUGCACUACCCACCUUAAUGCUACUGUUGUGUUGCACUCUCAUUCAAGUGUCUCAAUGCUGGCCCAUCCAUAAUUCUUUUUUCAUACUCAGGCUUUUAUCUACUGUGAAUUUGGACUUUGGUGGUAUUAAGGUAAAAUAAUAUGUUUUUAAGUUUUAAUGAUAACCAUGUGUUUGGACUCUAUAUGGCCGUUGAUUUGCUUUUGUUAGUGUACUGAUUUAUUGACUAUACUUGAGUAAAAGAUUUGUGUUCUAAAUUUGGCCUUCCGUUGCUAAAUUCAAAUUCAUUGGUCACUUCCUAUUCUCUUACUACCUCCAUUCCUACUUUACUAAACACUCUUUUUCUUCGAUCUUUUACCUUCCUCACAGAAUUUAUUUUGUAUGGACAGCUCAUUAAAGAAUAGAAGAAGUGCAUUCUAUAACACCUUUCAUGAAUUAAUGAACUCCUAAUUUAUUUGUGGACCUAGCCACUUCUUUUCCCACGUUCUAAGUGUUCCAGGUCAAUUGUUUUGUACUAUUUCUACAAAUAGAGGAACAAGGGAACUCUCUGCGAGGACUACUCAUGGAAUUUGUAUACUUCUUAUGGUAACUAUUUCCAUCUUUUUGCACUUACCCUAUACAAAAUUACAAACUACUGACAGUUUCAAGAAUUUGGAGAAGGCACUAAGAAGAGUAUUGCAUGAAGACCCUGAUAUUCAUGGUAUAAUACUCAAUUUACAAAUUCUCAUUGAAUAGAACAAGAACAGUUUAGAGGGAAAAGAGGAUCUAUCCAUUGUUGGGACAGGCCCUGGGCAAAAGCCUGUGUAGCACCUAAAAUCUGAGCGGGAAGAGGAUUGCGUAGCCGCAGCAGGGCCAUACCUGAGAAUGACGGAAUCAAUACCAUUCAAGAACCUCCAUAACAGAGAAUACCAUGGCCACAAGAAGAAGGUUCAUUCUGUAGCGUGGAAUUGCAUUGGCACUAAACUAGCUUCAGGAUCGGUUGAUCAAACUGCUCGUAUUUGGCAUAUUGAUCCCCAUGGUCAUGCCAAGGCAAAGGAUAUUGAAUUAAAAGGCCAUACUGACAGUGUUGAUCAAUUAUGUUGGGACCCUAAGCAUGCUGAUUUAAUUGCAACAGCAUCACUUGACAAGACAGUUCGAUUGUGGGAUGCUCGCAGAAGAUGAACUUAGAAUAUUAGAUGUCCGCAAAUUCAAAGCUAUACACAAGCGCAAGUUCAACUAUGAGGUACUCCAUAUGUUUUUUGCUACUUGCACCAUGUGAAAGUUACUCCCUCCGUCCCGGAGUAUUCGUCCAGUUUUGACUUUUGGAACUGUUCAUCUAAGCACUUUGACUCAUCAAAUUCUCUCAAUGUGUAAGCCUAAAUAUAGUCAUGUGUGAUCU